GAAAGAUCUUUGGUAUUGUUUACAUACGUAAAGUAAAUAAACUAUUGAACCGGCGAUGUAUAUUUUACUGUCAACGACAUGUAUCUGCUUUAUCAACGCCUUUCUUCCAGUUAUUGUCAGAAGUCUGUUGUCCUGUAUAUGUGUUGCAUCAGCACAUGAACGGGAACUCAAGACUGAAGAAGCACAUGUAAAAGCAGAGUUAGCAACAAUCUCAAUGAUUGAUGAAUUUGCGAAAUAUGCUCGAAUGCAACGUAAACUUAACAAAAUUCAGAAUGAAUUGAAAACUGUAGCUGCUUCACGACUGGAAUCACAAGCAAAAACCAAAAUUGCUGUUUUAUAUGCUGCACAAUUGGUGUUGGGCAUCAUUACCUGCUGCUUUGUCUGGAUGUAUAAGCAUGUACCUGUUGCAACUUUUCCACCAAAUUGGAUGAAACCUUUCGGUGCAUUUCUCUCAUGGCCAUCUGGCAUUGAUGGUGGUAUAAGUAUUGUUAUUUGGUUGUUUUGUGUUGGACACAUUGCAAGAAAAGCAGCUAAGCAGUUUUGUAUUUGAGUGUGCUAAAUAUUGUGUAUGUCAAGAUGCCUAAUUUUGUUAUGAGAACAGUACUUGUAUUUCCAUCCCAAAGAAAUAUUUUAAAAAUAAACAUUUUGUUGCUGAGAAA